UCGUAAUCGUCGUUCGAAAAAUGACACGCAAUAGCGACGAACCAAUAAAAAACGACGCGCAAAUACAAGAGCUUUGUAAAUCAAGUGCAAAACAUUCAUCCAUUUUUGUGUAAUUUGAUUCUAGUAUUUACCGAGUUCGGACAGUUUGUGUUUGUGCUGUAAACCUCAUAAAUUUGAUUGUUUUGAUUUCGUUCCAAGGCAUGACUACGGCGUGACUUCCAUGCCCUGCGUACCAACGGAAGGGCGUGCAGAUUACGUUUACUAUGAAUGGUUUUAUCUCUUUCUAAACUCGAGUAUCUGUGAAUGACCGAGUGUAAUAGCGAGCGUACCAAAUUAUGGAUUGAAAAGUGUUUGUUGUUUGUAUUUUGAUAUUUGCACCGCAUUGCUGCGAAGUAAUUGCCGUUAUCUCAUUCGGAGAUCGCUGUAGUUGAAAAUAAGCAGUCAUAUGGCGCCAGUUGGACUAGACCGAACACGGAUUAGUUACGCUGUUCGAUUUGUCGAGCGCUUUACUAUUUACGCACUAUUGAAAAGAGAUAGUACGUAUUUUUAGUCGCGUCGAAUACGACUAGUGACUUUCAUCAGUGUUCGUAAACAACUUCAAGGUUAUUCGUCAUCGUGUCCGUGCUGAUGCGGAGGUGCUGACAUGGCUGCGAUAUCAGAAGGUGGCGCCAUAGUGCGUCAGGGCCACCUUCGGAAAUUGAAGACGAUGAAGAAAAAAUAUUUCGUGUUGCGUGCAGAAACUGCGGACAGCUCCGCGAGGCUGGAGUAUUAUGAGUCUGAGAAGAAGUUUCGUUCUGGCGCGGCACCCCGCCGCGUGUUGCCACUGAAGAGUUGUUACAACAUAACCAGACGAUUGGACUUGAAACAGAAGCAUGUGAUAGCAUUGUUCACCCGAGAAGAACAGUUGUGCAUAGUAGCGGAGAAUGAGCAAGACCUACACAGCUGGUUAGCCGCAAUCCUAAAGUUGUUUCGCAAUGAUGAUGCCAGUGAGGAACUUUUACACCCAAUCCAGCACGUGUGGCAAGUCAACGUACAGAAGAAAGGUUUGGGCGCGUCCAAAAAUAUUCAGGGGCUGUACAACUUAUGCCUCACGGACAAAACGCUGACGCUGGUCAAGAUCAAGAGUCAGAACAACAUCAUCAGCGAUCUAGGCAUUCCCGAGAGAGUGGAGUACUCGUUGAAGAAUAUCAGGAGGUGCGGUGAUUCGGAGUGCUUCUUCUACAUGGAGGUGGGUCGGCAGACUGCAACCGGCGCGGGAGAGCUGUGGAUGCAUUCAGACGACUCCAACAUAGCGCAAAGCAUGCACUCCACUAUAUACCACGCAAUGAGAAACUGUGCGAAAGAGACGGAAAACGAAAAAGACCACAUCGUAGUACCGGGGAAGAGUUCACUUUUACUCGAGGGCUCGAACCCGCUGCCGGCGAGGAGGCAGACCUACUCCGACGGGAAAACCGGAAGGGCCGGACUAUACAAUGACAAGGGCCUGUGCGUGGGCGCGUGCAUACGGCAGUGCGUGUGCGCGUCCGCCGCGCACUCCAUCGACGACUCGGCCGCGCUCGCCCCCGCGCUCGCGCUCGCCAACGCCGAAAACCAACCGCCGAAUAACACACUAACGCCCGAGGCGCAGGAGCGGCCCGCGCGGCUCAUUAAACACCACCGCACGGUGUCGCUGCCCGUGGGCUGCUCCUACCACGAGCCGCUCAGGAUCGUCCACGAGCGGACCCGCUCCGCGCCGCUUACCGGCGACGAGCUCGAUCGCGCGAUCCUAGAGAAGGCGGCCGCGCAUUCCUCUUGCAAGGCCGUCAACGGCGCGGACGGCAAGAAGGGCCAGUGGUGCCGCCGCGCCAGCACCGGCACCCGCCUCUCCAAACUGUCGCCGGCGCAUACCAAGAGUAUGUAUCCGCUUCGACUAACCGACAUCGCAUCGCCACCACUAACCCGCUCGACUUACGACGCCUCCUGAUCACGCUAUGCCGCCGUACUCGGGAGAUG